AUGGCGACAACCCAGCUUGCCGUUAAGGGAUGGGCAAACAGCAAAAUUGCUACGACCUCGCAGGAUCAGGGUCUUGAUGCACUCCUUGCCUUCCUCGAAAGAAAAUCUAGCAGACAGAUUCUAUCAAAUAAAUUGAUUGGACGCGCUGUGCUCAUCAUCACCGUCAACGAAGCCGACAAGAGCCGCUUUACUCAUUUGAACGGUUUUCAAUUCGGAGGAUCCUCGCUUAUUGUCGAAGAAGCACGGCCUCCACGGAAUGCUCAAUCUCAAAACACCCAAUCACCUCAAAACACAUCAUUUGGGAGCAGAGUGUCACAACCAUCUCGCCCUCAAUUUCACAACGGCCCUUCACAGCCACCUUCUGGUCCUCGAGGACAAUUCCAGAAUCAAUCAUCUCAGCCACCUAGCGGUCCACGAGGCCCCGGUCGAAACUAUCAGCCACCUAAUACGAGAGACACGCGUCGCACCAACGACCCUGUCACAGCUGAGGUCGAAAAUAUCAUCGUCUCCGUGAUCCACAAGAGAUACAACGCUGGAGACAAACACCUCAUUCUCAAUCUUCUCAGUGAAGAACCUGACCUUAUCAACGCCGGCCUCGUAGUCAGCGAACCCACCAAGCUCUACAAAGCAAUUUUUGCUCUUUGUGAAAGCAGAAUUUGGGAAACAUUACCAAAGCGAAAAGAAGCAGUGCUUAGCGUCAGCCUGCGAGACAAUUAUUUUCAGACCAUCCACGACACACUACCUCUGGCAAAUGCCUUUCCUCACAUUCAAAACCUCGAUCUCGCAAACAACGCCCUACAAGACCUAGAGGCUCUCAAGUUCAGAAAGAACCAAUUCUCAAACCUGCAACACAUUAUCCUCAGUGGCAACCCUGUCGCUAGCAAACCCGACACCCUGAACACUUUACUCAAAUUGUACCCAAACCUCAAAUUCUACAACAACGAACCAAUCCAGAAUGAUGCUGCCGUCGACGUGCAGCCACAGCAACCAGUUUUCGGUGGUGGUGCCGUACAACCAGUCCAACCUCAACCACAGCCUGGCACAGAGCCGACACAGGCACACCCAGAAUUUCCUCCUGGCUCGACCUUCGGGGUCGCCACCCCAGACAAGCCUGCCGACGUCCUUCUCAAGGAGCAAAUGGGAUUACAAUUCAGCUUCGAGACGAAAUUGAAAAUGCAGUGGGUCGAAAACUGCCUAUCUGCAAACAACUGGGACUACCAAACAGCCAUGGCGAACUUCGCCCAACUAAAGGCGCAGGGCCAAAUCCCUGCCGAUGCGUACAUCGCGGGAGUCUAG